UUUCCAAGAGCGAAUCACCAGUGGGGCUCUUGUUGAUGGAAGAUCUGUAACCAGUUGCACAACAAUUACAAAAGUUUUGAAGCUCAGGACUGGUUCAGAGAUACAAUCCCUGGUCCUCUUGAAAAAGUCGGUCUAUGGCUCGCUUCAGCUGAACAUUGGAGUGGUCCAAUGACAUGCCUUUAAAAUGUUUUUUUUUAAACACCCUAAAAGCCUUAGUGUGUGGACCUCAGCUCUUACCGAGGCACAGCACUGUACAGUUCAAUAUUGUGUUUAAUAUGGAAUUUGAUCCUGAGUCAGAAUCAUAUACAAUCUGUGUCUUUUUCUUACAGUACAAAACCCAUCAUAUCAAGGGGAAGGACGGCUCCCGUUUACCUUUUGUGUUCAAUGACGUCAUGGGACUUGAAUCUGCCAAUGGACAAGGCGCACAUGUACAGGACAUCAUCACAGCCUUAAAGGGGUUUCUUGAGGAAGGAUAUAAAUUUAAUCCUGUUACUCCCGCGUCUGAGAAUGACUCCAACUACAACAAAAACCCCAAAACUUCUGAUAAACCCUUCUGCCUGGUCAACAUUAUACCUGCAAACAGAGUGUCACUCAUGUACCAAAAGCUUAUUAAAAAGAUGAAAGAGAUCCGUGAGGUGGCUUCAGAGUAUAAUUUGCCUCAAGUUAUCAUCUUGACAAAAGUGGAUGAAGUCUGCCCUCUGGUUAAAGAUGACCUAAGAAAGGUCUACACCAGCAAGAAGAUCAAAGAAAAGAUGCAGGAGUGUAGUAAUCUGCUGGGUAUUCCACUGAGCAACAUCUUCCCUGUGAAGAACUACCACGAGGAGGUGGAUACGAACGAUGACGUGGAUGUUCUGAUCCUCAAGGCGCUCGAUCAGAUCGUGAAUCUCGCCAACGAUGCUCUGGAAGACCAAAACCCUAGUGAGAAAUCUGAGUGAAGGCUUUGAUGUUGUUCUUGUUGUUCUUUUCCACCCCUACACCAGUGCAGAGUAUUUAGGACAGUGAAAAAGCAUGAAAUUGUGUCUAAAGUACAUUAUUAAAGUAAAGCUAAUUUCUUCUACUGUAAUCAUAACUGGUUUGUGUUU